AUGGAUUCAUAUGACUACACCAAUGGACGGUCUCCCAAGCGACUUAAGCAGUUCGCGGAACCCACCAUGCAAGGCCUCCUCAGCGAUGAGACACCUGCAGCUGCAAGCAGCAGUCUGCCACCAACUUAUCCUCUUCCUAGUCAUAACUUUGACGACGAUAUCAUGUCGUCUUCUCCUCCUGCGACAAUUCCCACCCAGCUAGUCGCAACUCAGGUCCUUUCGACACCAACUCGCAGCGACCUGCCUUCCACCAUUCCGACACAAAUCAUCAGCACCCCUCUGAGAAAUGGCGGCCGCCUUCCUGCUGCUGCCUUACAGUACGAGACUGUACCAACUCAGAUAAUUGGGACUCCCACUCAGGUUGUUCCGUCAUCGUCCGUCGUGCAAGUAGCUGCAAGUUCUCCUGUGGUGAAGGAAUCACCAAUCCGGCCCGCCCCUCGAGGUCUUUCAGUCUCCUCCACUCCGACGCCCACCGCAAAACCACCAUAUGUGGUGAAGGUCGACCUCAACAGCGACAUGGAGGUACCAUAUGCAGGGUCCUCCUCAGAGGACGAAGAGGCCAGAUCGGCCACCAAUACCUCGGCAACGGCCUUUUACCAGUCGCGGCCAAAGGCCAGCCCCCGUGUGUCUGAGUCGCCGGUCCAGAGUGCCGACCCAGUGGCCAAUAUGCGGAGCUUUGCUGGGCAGUUCGCUUAUGCGGCUGCCAGCAAGGCUCCCAAUUGGUCCCGGGCGGCCGCGGACCUGGAGAAGCUGAAGACGAGCCACGCAAGGGCUCAAAAGCGUCCUGCGCCCCCCCAGCGUGGCCCCUCCGCCCCCAGGCCCAGCGCGGUCAUCGAUUUGUCCGGGGACAGCUCGCUCGUCGACCGACUGAAGCGCGAAUUCCCUCAGCAGGGAAUUCAGCAGAUCGUGAAGACUGUCAGCGACAGCAACCACGAUUACAGGAGGGCCAAGGGCGCCCUCCAAAAGCAUCAAUUGGUCGAAUGGGGGGUGGACCCGAAAACCACCAUCCCGAAGAUCCUUCGGGUAUACCCCUGGUUGGAGAUGGGCCAGGUCGUCGAGGCCCUCAUCAAGACGAGGGGGUCUUACGACCGGGCCCUCCAACUCCUGGCAAAUGUGCCGCCCAACCCCCUCGAUGUCAUCGUCCUAGACGAUGACCAGGGUGGUCGGGCCAAGGCGAAGAGGAACACGCAGAGGGCACCAACCAAGACGAUCAGGGAGAAGUUCUCCCAUAUCGGUGCCACUCAGCCGCUGCCCCCAUCGCCAUCCAAGCCCACCGCCCAGUCCCCGCCGACGCCCAGCGAGGGCAGCUCCUUGGCCUCAAAACCUCGGAAGCGCCUCGUUCAGGGCAAGAAGCUCCAGAGGACCCAGUCUCCCGAGGAGCCCGAGACGGUUGACCUUGUGUCAUCCGAGGAGGAUGCUUCAGAGGAGGACGAGGAGGACGACGUUCACGUGUCGGGCCGAACGAAGACAGUGGCCGACAUGCUCAGCUUCAUCAAUUCCACUGAUGUUGCUGGGCUUGUCGACCUCUCCUUCACGGAUGAGGAGACGGCGGAGAUGAUCCUCUCACAUCGACCAUUCUCCAGCAUCCGCGAAGUCCAGGGAGUCGUCAAUCCCAACGUCAUGAAGGGACGGGGUAAGAAUGCAAAGCCGAAGAACAUCGGCGAGAAAGUCGUUGACCAGUGUAUCGAAACCUGGGAAGGCUUCAUAGCAGUUGACACACUCCUCAAGGAGUGUAAGACUUUGGGUGAUAAGAUUACUGAUGGCAUGAAGGGCUGGGAUGUUGAGAGGGGGGAGAGUUCCACAGAGGGACUCGACAUUGUCGUUCCUGGGGAGGGUGGGAGCCCGAAGCCGGGCCACUCCGGGCUGUCACAAGGGAUGCAGGGGUUGAUGAGCGGUCAGCCAAAACUCAUGGCUGAAGACAUCCAACUGAAGCCAUACCAAGUCCUAGGGGUCAAGUGGCUGGACCUUCUGCACGAAUUGCGGUUAGGAUGCAUCCUUGCAGAUGAAAUGGGUUUGGGCAAGACCUGCCAGGUCAUCGGCUUUCUUGCUCUUCUUCUCGAAAACGGCAUUGAGGGACCUCAUAUUGUUGUCGUCCCGCCCUCCACGCUCGAAAAUUGGCUGCGCGAGUUCAAGCGAUUCUGCCCGACCCUAAAGGUCGAACCUUACUACGGCAGUCUCGAAGAAAGACAAGAAAUGCGAAUAGCUCUCGACGAAAACCCCGAUUUCAAUGUCAUCAUCACCACUUACAACAUGUUCCAAGGCACGAGUCGAAACAACAAGAUCGAUCAAGGCUUUCUUCGCAAGUGGUCCUACGAUGUAGCUAUUUUCGACGAGGGGCAUCAGCUGAAGAACAAUACUUCCGAUCGUGCUGUUAGCUUGUCGAGACUGCAAGUCCGGAACCGUAUCUUGCUGACAGGAACGCCGUUGCAAAACAAUUUGCAGGAGUUGAUGAACCUGUUGGCUUUCAUUCUCCCAACUCUAUUCGAGAACAAGUAUGAGCAUUUGAAUGCUAUUUUCAAAUAUAAGGCGAAGACUUCAGAUAAUAUCUCAGCCGCCAGCAAGUUACUUUCCCUCGAACGAGUCAAGCGAGCCAAAGCGAUGAUGACUCCAUUUGUUCUCAGACGUAAAAAGGUCCAGGUCCUUCACGACCUACCCAAGAAAUUCCAGCAUGUCACUGAGGUUGAACUCACCUCUGCCCAGGCGGAAGUUUAUCAGAAGACCGUCGACUCCGCCAUAGCUACGGCUACUACUGAUGAUAACACUACUAAACCCAUCACAAAAACUAGUUUAUUGAUGAGGCUCAGACAAGCAGCCAUUCAUCCGAUGUUGUCGAGAAGAUUUUACACAGAUGCCACGGUUCGCAAGAUGGCACGAGCAAUCAAAAAGGAGCCGCAGUACGAUACGGAAGAUCACGAUGUUAACGUCAUCGAAGGGGAGAUGUUGCAAUAUAACGAUUACGAAUUGGACAAACUCUGCCAGGACUAUCCAAUGACAUUGAAAAGCUUCAAGCUCCAGAACGAGGAAUGGAUGGAUUCGGCGAAGGUGUUGGCGUUGAAAGAUAUUCUGUUGAAAGCCAGAGACAAUGGUGACCGCGUACUUGUUUUCUCACAGUUUACUAUGGUACUGGACCUCCUCGAGAAAGUAUUGGGGACUAUCGAGAUGCCAUUUUUACGAUUGGAUGGAAGUACAAAUGUCGCCCUUCGACAAGAGUUGAUCGAUCAGUUUGAAGAAGAGAAAGAUAUCACUGCGUUCCUACUUUCGACCAAAGCUGGUGGUGUAGGUUUGAACUUGGCGGCAGCCAACAAGGUUGUCAUUUUCGAUGCUUCAUUCAAUCCAUUUGAUGAUUUACAAGCUGAGGACAGAGCUUGGCGUAUCGGACAAACGAGGGAUGUCCAUGUAAUUCGCAUUAUUUCUAAGGGGACGAUUGAAGAGAAUAUUGAUCAGUUGGCGAAGACGAAGUUAAUGUUGGAUGCUAGUGUCAGUGGAGAGCAAGGAGAGGAAGUUGCGGAAUUUGUGAAGAAUACACUUGUUAAGCAGAUUUUCAACGGGAAGGCCGUUGAUGGCGGGGUUGGAAAACAAGACAGCUCCAUCAGUGAACACAAGGCGCCGAAAAAAGCAGAGGAUGGAUCAGAUGCUAAGGGGGUUUGCGAGCCUAGUGUGGAGAAGGUCGCCAGCGAAGCUAGUUCAUCAUUGAAACGCAAAGCAGAGGAAGAGGAUACUGACACGAGCGCACAAGCUAAGAAACGAAAGGAGGAGGAUCCCGCUAUUGAAGAAACAGAAGAGGAACAACUUGGCACCAGAAGACGACUUACGAGAUCGCAAUCCAAUGCGAUAACGAAGGAUGUUUCUGCUAAGCGUAGCAACGGAUCCAUCGCCCAAAAAACUGGAGGAGAGAAGACUAGUUCCGCACGGAGUCUUAUGAGAUCAACAUUACAAGUGAAUCCUCUAAAGAAAGAAACAUCCAACAAGCGAACCCUCGAAGACACUGGUGAAUCCGCCUCUGUUGCUAAGAAACAAAAGAAGGAUUCUGCCGUUGACGAAGCUAAGGGUACCAGGAAGGCCAGUGCUGAGAAUACUAUGCCCUCAGCCUCUCAUGCUACAAUCCAAGGUGGUGACGAGCCUGUAAUCCGAUCUAGCAAGAGAAAGCGCACAAGUACCGAAUCUAGUUCCUCCCCUACGAAGCAGCAAAGCAAGUCCAAAUCCCCUACUUCCUCUGGGUCUCAGAAUACGAACGACGCAUCCCAAGGUCAAGUCGCCAGGCGACAACGUAUGGUCAAACGUACCGAGUCGGCCAGCUCCUCUGUUGCAAAACAAAACGCAGAAAUGUCGAAAUCUAGUACACUAUCGCCCCGCCAUUCCGGAAAGGCCUCUCCCGGUGAUCAGACCGAGGAUCAUCAUGGGACGGCAGAAAAUGGUUCUCGUCCGACAAAACGACAUCAAUCAAGGCCAGUAUCGGAAACACCCGAAUCUACUCCUGCUUCAUCCAAGUCUGCUUCGCAAAAGGGCAAGACACCGCCUCGUGGAAAGGAACCGUGA